CUAACAAUAUGUUUAGGGAUGUCCAAAUAGAGUUCCGUAAAAGAUGUGAUUGCACCAUCCGUGCUGUUACACAAGAGGGUGACUCGGAUUGUGUGAAGGUGGAAGAAGAAAAAUUAGCUAAUGAAAAGAUUUGGUACAUUACAUACGACGUUUAUUUUGACCGUUCGACUCAGAAAGUUCGAUGUGAGUGCAACAUGUUCGAGAAUUCAGGAAUUCGUGAAUUGCGACGAGGAAGCAGCCAUGUUGCAUGCUGCUCUGGACGAUGCAAGGACCAAGUUGACUAAAGUUGGAAGAAUGAAACUGGGAUCACAAGGUUUGGAGGUAUCUCAGCAAGGACUUAGACGCAUGGGAAUAUCUGCUUAUUAUGAUCCUCCACAGCCAGAACCUGACAUGGUUGCUCUCAUUCACCAUGCUGUUCAAAGUGGUGUCACAUUCCUUGAUACCUCUGAUGUCUAUGGUCCUCACACCAAUGAAAUUCUGAUUGGAAAGGCUUUGAAUGGAGGGGUGAGAGAGAAGGUUGAAUUGGCAACCAAGUUUGGUAUCCGCAUUUCUGAUGAUGGAAAAUUUGAGAACCGUGGUGAUCCAUCAUAUGUGAGAGCUGCCUGUGAGGGAAGCUUGAAGAGACUUGACAUUAAUUGCAUAGAUCUCUAUUACCAACAUCGAAUCGAUACACGUGUUCCAAUCGAAAUAACGAUUGGUGAGCUUAAGAAGCUUGUUGAGGAGGGAAAAAUAAAAUACAUUGGUCUAUCCGAGGCUUCAGCUUCAACAAUCAGAAGAGCACAUGCUGUUCAUCCCAUAUCAGCUGUGCAGUUAGAAUGGUCUCUUUGGUCAAGAGAUGUUGAAGAAGAAGUGGUUCCAACUUGCAGAGAACUUGGUAUUGGAAUUGUUGCACAUAGUCCUCUUGGGAGAGGAUUCCUUUCAUCGGGAACAAAGUUACUUGAGAAUUUAUCUGAGGGUGACUUCAGACAGAAUCUGCCUAGAUUCCAACCUGAGAAUCUGGAGAAGAACAAGACUAUAUUCGAGAGGGUUAAUGAAAUGGCGGCGAAGAAGGGAUGCACUCCAUCUCAGCUUGCAUUGGCAUGGGUUCACCACCAAGGAAAUGAUGUCUGCCCCAUUCCUGGAACCACCAAAGUUGACAAUUUUAACCAACACAUUGCUGCUUUAUCUGUGAAACUUGCACCACAAGAAAUGGCAGAACUCGAGUCCUUUGCUGCCAUGGACACUGUCAAGGGUGAUAGAUACGCCGGCGAUCUAAGUACCUGGAAGAACUCUGAUACUCCACCACUCUCUUCUUGGAAAGAUGUUUAAUUUUCUAGCUGUUGAUUUGUUCUU